AUGGAGGUAAGCCAACAAGACUAUGUUCACUGCAACAUAAAUUCUGCAAAGGCCUCCUACCACUCUGGCUCCGACUCCAUCACACUAACCAAGCCAGGCAACUUUUACUUCAUUUGUAGCAAAAAUGGUCAUUGCCUAGCUGGACAGAAGUUUCACAUUGCGGUCCAUCAUCCUGAUCAACAUCCAUCAAGCCUACUUGACACUACUCCUCCCAGUAAUGGCAGUGUCUGCGAUGAAGGAUCAGUGUUACUAUUAGUGUCGAACAUUGUUACUGCACCAGUAGGUUCCAACCCAAGAAGCAACGAUGGUGAUAUUCUCAGUGCUUCAUGUCUCACCCACACCAUUGCACUUGUUAUGGUAUUAUGCACUUGCUUUCUAGUUUGA